AUGGCGGCUCGAGCAGCAGAGGACGUGGAUGCCGCAGAGGAAGUGGGUGAAUUGGAGCCUGAAGGCGGAGCCGAUUAUGUGCCGCAAGUGCGUCUGAUGCAUUCGGGCAUAGACGACGUAGGGUCGGCGGUGGGCAAGGAACCGUUUGAUGUGCACCAAUACCAGGAGAUUGGCAAUGACGGCGUAUGGUCGCUGUCUUCCCGCAAGCUUGACUUUGGCAUUCGCCUCCUGCGCGAUGGUCGCGAUGAGACAUAUUGGCAAUCGGAUGGCCCCCAGCCGCACACCGUGACCAUCUCCUUUUCUAGCCGGCGCAAAUUUGCGUACAUGGCGCUCAACACAAGCUAUCAGCACGACGAGAGCUAUACACCCAAGGUUGUCGAAAUCCGAGCAGGACCUCGCAUCGCCAACCUUACGGAGGUAGUGACGGCCGAUGUAGGCAUGAAUGAGGGCUGGUUUUACAUUAAACUGGAGAAGGAGGACGGGCAACCCAUCGAAGACUUUGUGAUCCAGUUGGCAGUGUUGGUGAAUCAUCAAAAUGGCAAGGACACGCAUCUUCGAGGCGUCCGCAUCUAUGCGCCGCGUCAACGGCAACUCACGCCUCUCAGCGAGCCCACCAUGCCUUUUUCAACAAAUGCCUUUGCCCGCUUUGAAUUCAUUCGGUAG